UUAAAAUUAGAAUAUAAAAGUUUCUUAAUUAUCAGUUGCUUAGCUCAGAAACUAUUAGGAAUGUUUUAUUAAAUACUAGCCAUCAAUGGAUGCAGAAAAGCCAUUUCCCUGUAAAAUAGACGGUUGUAAGUUAAGCUUCGCUACAGAGGAUCAUUUGCUUGUGCAUCGAAAGAAACACGAUAUGUUGUUGAAUCUGGAAAUAGCGAACAAAUCAAAUAUAUUUGCCGAUCAAACUCCUACGCCAACUCGUUUAAUUGGAAAGUGUGAAGAGGUUGGCUUAUUCGAUGACCUACAAAAUGUGAAUCCUUUCGAAGAAACCUUUCGAAGAGCUGUUGAAGAAAAAAGUGUAAAUAUUGAAGAUAGCGGCAAGGAAAAGCAAUCUUCACAUGUGAAAUCAACAAUUCAUAAAGCGGAUGACACGUUACAUACUCCUCAUAUAUUUCCGCUUCUAGAACGCCGCGAAAGUCUAAAACUAUCUAAAUUAGUCAUUUCAAGAAACAACUCACGAAAAGACGAGACAUUGAUUGUAGAUGAUGCUAUAAAAGUUCAGUCUCACCAGAUUCAUGAACAUUUGAUUUCCACUAAAGGACAAGAAGCUCAAAAUGGCUCUCAUAGUACGAAAACAAGACCUUUAAUAAAAAUACUACCGAAAACAUGUCUUGCAUCAACCGAACAAUCUGUGAUAAUUAUCCCAUGUAACUUAAGAAGCGAAGGAAAUAUAUCAAUAAAGCCCAAUAACGGCGUCAAUGUAGUGAAAGCUAAAUUAAAACAGCAUUUGAUAAAAAGCCACAGUCCGGACUAUUCCAGUAAUACUGCGAAAACUGACAAUUCUCAGGUUAACUCAUAUGAAAAAGAAGUUCAGCUUCCUGAGCAUAGUUCAAACUUAAUAGAAGAGAAAACUGAAAAGUUUCAAAAACACGAGCGAUGGAAAGCGGCUGCUAAACGAUAUCGAACUAGAGUCAAACAAAACCAGGACACGUUACAUCGUAAAAAUAUUGAACUAACAGACGAGAAUCAUCGACUAAAAACGGAACUAGCUCGGCUAAGAAACUUACUCUCUCUACACAAGGAGUGUCCUGUUACGAAAUCUUUGAAACAAUUUGUAGUGACGGCUGGAUCAUCCACAAUCACUCAACUGCAACCAACCAGGUGUCCACCGGCAGGCUUACUGCAAAAGAGUGCUACUGUUGUGUGCACAACUGAGCAGAAUUCGACUAUUGCAACAAAAACCUGUGCUUAUCAUUCUGCACGAAAAUAGUUUGGCAGAUGCAAAUAACACUGUAGGUGGUAUAAGACACGAUUGUUCUGUUCUGUUCCUUAGUAUUCUUUAGUAUACUAAAUAAAAAUAGUUAUUAUUUCACCUAAAAAA